AUGCUCAGAGCCAUGAUGCAGGGGAGAGGCCCCUACAAGCCCUUAGCCAUCCUCAGGCACACGGGGCCUCUCCGUGCCACAAGGCCACAGCACUGGCGCUCCCAGCAUUCCUGUGCAGAGAAACACAGCAGCUGUGCCCGGCACCCCCUCUGGACAGGCCCAGUCUCCUCACUGGGAGGCACCUGGCAGUCUCCCAUCAACAUCCAAUGGAGGGACAGUGUAUAUGACCCACAACUGGCACCUCUCAGGGUCUCCUACGAUGCUACAUCUUGCAGGUACCUCUGGAACACUGGUUACUUCUUCCAGGUGGAGUUUGAUGACUCCUGUGAGGAGUCAGGGAUCAGCGGUGGGCCACUGGGAAACCACUACAGGCUGAAGCAGUUUCAUUUCCACUGGGGAGCAACGGAUGAGUGGGGCUCGGAGCACAUGGUGGACGGCCAUGCAUACCCGGCUGAGCUCCAUUUAGUUCACUGGAAUUCCAUGAAAUAUGAAAAUUACAAGGAAGCCACCGUUGGGGAGAAUGGGCUGGCGGUGAUCGGAGUGUUUCUGAAGCUCGGGGCCCAGCAUGAGGCUCUGCAGAGGCUGGUGGACGUCUUGCCAGGAGUGAAACACAAGGAUACACAGGUGGCCGUGGGCCCCUUUGACCCUUCUUGUCUGUUGCCUGCCUGUCGGGAUUACUGGACAUACCCUGGCUCCCUCACCACCCCACCACUGGCUGAGUCAGUCACCUGGAUUAUCCAGAAGAUGCCCAUUGAGGUGGCCCCAAGCCAGCUGUCGGCAUUCCGCACACUCUUGUUUUCUGGACAUGGUGAGGAAGAAGAGGCGAUGGUGAACAACUACCGCCCACUCCAGCCCCUCAUGGACCGGAAAGUCCGCUCAUCAUUCCAGGCCACUGGGGUGGGGAUGAGGUCCUAAUCGCAGGAUGAUGUCUAUAAGGAUAAGUAGAACAGAGUGAAAACGAGGCGUGCAUUUU